CGAGAGGCGUCGCGGGGCCGGACGGCUGCGCCGGGCCGCGGCUGAGCCACCCCACGGCACCGACCCCGCGGGGCCGGGAGCUGCCGGAGCCGCUGCCACGCAGCGCGGGCGAGGGAAGGAGCCGCUCCCCGCGCUGCCCCUCGGCAGGGAUUUCCAGCUGCCGCCGCCCUGCUGGUGCCGGAGCUGGCCCCUGGCACAGACCUGUCAGCCCGGGGCUCCCCCAGCCCUGCGGCAUCUCCUCGCCCCAGCAGCAUCGGUGGCUCUGAGGGUGGUGAAGGGGACACGGUUCAGUGCCACCUGCGUCCGGAGCAUGCCCUCUUCCAGCAGGGUGGUCUGGAGGGGUUGUGGGCUUGGUGGGUGGGCGGGGGGAUCUUGUCCCUGCAGACAAAGCAGGGCACCUCGAGGCAACGCAAUGCCCAGCCCCUCGCAGCAUCUCUCUGAAAACAGCUGAAAAGGCUUCCUAGGAGCCUCACCCCCUCAAUCCAGGCCACAGAAGUUCAUUAGCUGGCCCUGUUUAUGACAACUCACCCUCCCUUUCCUUGGCUAAAGUCGCUCAUCUUUCUGGGAUCCCCUGGCGCUCUGAGGUGACUCUGUGAUGCUUUUAAAAUAGGGAAGGAAUAAGCUCUCAGCCUGUUCUUCCUGAGUGUGGGGAAGAAGAGGUGAGCCGAGCUGGCUGGGGUUUAGCAGGAGAUUUUUGAGCUAUGCCAGUGCUGUGCUCCUGAGCACAGCUGGAGGGUGGCUGGACCAGCUCACAGGAGCAAGGGUACUGCUGGAAACCCACCAGGAGAGAAAAUUGUUUCGUUCAAGCAGUCUCUUAUCGGUCUUUUUUGAAUGGCUGUUUAUCGUGAUGCUUAGGGAAGUGCCGCAUCUAACCACGCAGUCCGUAGUCCACCUCUGGUCACAGCUCUUGGUUGUUCCAGAAGCACCCCAGACAAAAUUGGGGCAGCAGAAUGGGAAGCAUUUCUGCUCCCAUCUCCCUUAUCUGUCCAUCCCAAGACUCAAACCAAUUGUGCCAAACUUAACAUCUUCUCUUGCUUCAGGAGAGCCAGCGGGUGAGGGAGGGGGGGAGCACCCUGUCUUGGUGUUGGUGCUCCUCGCUCUGGGGCUCAGCUUUAUUCUGCCCCACAGGACUGCCUCAUGCUGUCCGGGGAGGGUGGCAAGGGGCAGGAGAUGGCGCAAACAGGUCCUUGCGGGUGUUCCAGCAGUUGAAGAGCACCCUGUGGGGUAGGAGCCAUGCACCCAGCUCUGGCUGAUCCUGCAGUGGGUACCCCAGGCACCAGCUGCAUGUGUGGAUGGCAGUGGUGGGGGCGAGGACCCCCACUUGGUUUCAAUGGCUGUGACUGCUGAGCAUCCAUCACCCAGUUUCCCUUGGUCUUUGGGCUGCUUUGAAUUUUCCCUAGGAUCCUGGGUGGUCCCAACAUGGCAGAUGACUAUUUCCCUUCCCACUUCAUGGGCUUGGCAGCACCAUGGUAGUGUCACCACAGCACCGGCUUACCGAGUCAGUACCACGAUGGUACUUGACAUAGCAAUGGUACUGUGGCACCUGGUGGUACUGUCGUGUAUUGUGUUAGUGCCAUAGUGGGACCGUGGCAGUACCAUGACAUUACUGUGGUAGUACUGGUGAUACUGUGGUGGUACUCGUGAUAAUGUUACAUCUUUAACAUUGCUGUUGAUCCCCAGAAAGGUUAAUGUGUCAUCUCCUGGAAGGAGAUCCAGCACUUCCUCCUAAAGUCAAGUGAUAUGAAAGGCUUGCAACUGAUCUCUGUUUCAGAUCCAACAGGGAGCUCCCCUGCAAAGCAUGGCUCUUCCUGGCCAGGCUGGGACAAGCGCUACCAACGCCAUGUGCCCUGCAGACAGAGCUGGGUUUCCUUUAUGAGUCCAGGACUUCUGUCCUUGGGAUGUCAGUGCUGCAUUAUGCAAACAGGGCAGCUGCCUCCAGGGAGUAUCUCCUAGUGUGGGGAAGAGCCUCUUGAGGGCUCAUCACUGACAGAGUUGAUUAAAGAGGUUGAUUUUAUGAUGAAGUUCUUGUCGUGUGUACCAGCCUCUGCCACUAAUGCUGUGCCAUUUCCUCAGGGCCAGUCUAGGGGCAGAUGUUAAGACUUUCUGUAGGUCAAGUUAAUCUCAGCUUUCUUGCUUAGAUCCCUCUGGAGUGCAGGGGUUGGAGAGCUGCCUCCCUUCUCCCAUAUGGGAGCUGGCAAGGGAACUGUGGAGAUAGAGAAGUGGGAUGGGGCUGAGGGGAACACCUGCAGCAUCCCAUGCAGCCUCUGUCUGGAGCAGAGUUGGCUCCAGAGCUGGAUAACGUUGUUUAGGGCCUGUCCAGGCAAGUGUUGAAUAUCUCCAAAGAUUGGGACCCUUCCACCUCUCUAACCCUGUCCCAAAGCUACAGUAGACUCCUUGAGAUGAAUGUUCUUCAGAGGUCCUGUGGGAAUUGCCCUGUGCCCAUUUUUUCCCCUCCAUUUGCUGUGCUCCUCUGCGUCCUGCAAUGCACUGCAGGAUUUCCUAGCUCCUCUGCAGAGUAACAGCAGAGACGUGCAUCCCCCAUCUUACUACUGACUAAUGCUAUUUGGGGGCUUGAUCUCAUGAAUGUAUUCUUGUUCCAAGGCCUUUGAAAUCACUCUGGUCUUGCUUUCCAAAAUUUCUGUGUAGACACAGAAGGUAAGAAACGACUUUCUUGCUGAGAAUCUCCAGGUACGGCAGGUUUAGGAUCCCAAUCAGAAUAAUGAAUAUCAGGGGAGAAAAACACUAUGUAAAAUACUAUGUAGGAAGAAUGGGGUCAUAGUGUCACAGAUACAGUCUGGUUGGAAACUGGAAACUUCUCAUAGUGCUGUCAGAACGGUUUUAGAGCAUUUCCCGGAAGAGCUCAGUUUUCUGCAUCUGCUGUGGGGUGCUGCCCUGCUGAGAUCUGCUUUGGUCCUGGAAAUUUGGGAUGGUUUGGGGGUGGGUUGCUGAACUGAAGGCUUUUUCCUGAUGCCCUAAAUUGAUAGAGGGGAAAGGAACAAGGUUGUUCACUUUCUGGAUAUUCUCUGUACCCUCCGUUUCCAGGAUUAGUCCCCCACCAGCCUAUCCAGCUUCAUGUACAGAUGGGAUAAGCUCAGCAGCUUAACCAUCCCUGUUCUGGCAUCUCAUGAGCCACAAAAGCAAGGAGCAUGGCUAGGAUGCUCAGAGUUGGCUAACGUGACUACUUCUCAAUCUCAGGAGGCCACUUUGGAUCUGAAUUUCUGAAAAGCCAAGCAUGCAGCUUUCUCUCUGAGGUCAGAGGGAGCUAAGGGUGUUCAAUUACUCUGUAAAACCCAAAUGAAGAUGCUUAAUCCAAGGAGCCCCCAAAUCAGUAGGAAUUUAAAUGUCCACAGAAAAAAAGCUGUUGCUCUCAAUGGGACUUAACACAAAUCACAGAUACAGUAAGAAUUAUAAAAUGCUGGUAAACAUCCUCCAUGCCAAGUGUUCAGGACAAGCUGCAUUUAACAACAAGCUCAGUUCCUUUUGCAGGAAUUCAUGGUAUUUUAAGAGCUUUGAACGUUCCGUAGAUGAAAAACUAUUCAUUUAAUGCCUGAGGACAUGUACAGCUGCACCCCUGACUAAAAGGAUAGAUCAGCAAAAUAAAAUACGGUAGGAAGGUGAGAAGGCCUUCCUGGGUACUGGGGCCAGUUCUGGCUGUUAUGGACACCAUUUCAGAGAAUCCCAAUCAGAAAAAGAUCGUACUCCAUCUUGCUCAAAAUCUGAGUAAAUUAAUUUUUCUUGGCAACACUCAGCCUCAUGCAAAUGACUUAGUGCCAUUUUCUGCAAGCAUUACGAACGUAUGGCCAACUGCAGAUAGCUGUCUGCCAUGAACACCCAGUGUGAUUUUAUUUGUAGGAAUGAAUGGAAGAAAGCACAAAGCAAGACUGUUUGGAAGGGGAAAGUGAUUUUUAUUUUACUUAUCUUUCUGAGAAAGCUGACUCUACUCACCUGUACUGUCAGCACAAAGACAUGUCCAAAUGUCUUGGAAACGUCACUUGUGUGGGACAUGGAGGACGAGGGGCACCAGCCCAUUGCCUCCUCACUGUGUCCUUGGCUCCUCUGGACCGGUGAUGACAAACUGGUUUGGGGAGUUGGCUGUUACUGCACCACGAUCUUUUGUCUCAGCAUCUUUCUCAUUUCACCCUCUGUACAUUUUCCACAAGGGAACUUGCCAAUGCCUUUGCUUCUUUGUUUUGGGUGUCCUGCGGCUGUAGUCCCCCUUCCUGCUGGAACUACAUGAAGAGAGAUGGCACAUGCAAUGCCGGCAGCCUUGUUGGCCUCCUCCUGCUUUGAGUACAGGCUUUCUGCAGCUGAGCCAUCUGUUUAGCAGUUCUUGGAAAAUACCCUUUUGGGCAUCAGUUUGUAAGUCUUCUACUGCUCUUGCCAUUCACAUUCCCAUAUUGAUCACCAAACAGUGCCUUUGGCUCUUGUGAGCAGUGCAAGGAAAUGAUUUCUUUGUCCUCCAUCUACUUGUUAAAGACAUUAGAGAUUUGGGGCUUGUCAGUCCAGGACAAAAUCUUAAAAUCACAUUUUGGCCAGUGAAUUCUUGCUCACUGCAAUAUGUAAUAAACGCUGUUCCCAAUGUGCCAGAGUCUGGGCAAUCAGAACAUUUUUUAAGCAAAUACGACCCAAGCAGAAAAGGUGCUCUUGGCCCCUGGGAAACUGCGAGUAAUUCUGAAAACAGACACACAUGGUAGAGAACUGUGGGGCAGAUACCUGGGCAAAAACUGAGCUCUGCAUACAAAAUCUGCCACUCUAGUUCUAUGAUGUGUCUUCCAAGGUUCAAGAGGGCAUCCAUCUCUUCAGAGGUGAAUGCAUUAGGUAAUACAGUCUCUGUACUCAAUAAAAGCAACUUGUGAGACCACAAACACCAUUGCUGAGGCUCUGAAGUAGGAAGGAGACCGGGUAUUAACUUUUCAAGCUGUGAUCCUGUUAGAGGGCAGUGGCACUUCCUCCUGGGGUAGGGAUUUACUGAACCGCAGUUCCAUGGCCUCCAGGGGUGAAGCCCUGGCACAGCCCCAGGCUGCUCCCUGUAGACAGGAGCCUCAUUCCCACGUGCAUUUGUCAGUACCGUGCCUUUCUUAUGCCUCUCAAGUCUCAUGCCUUUCCAGGGAGUGGUUCUUUGGAUUAGAGUUUCUGUUACAAGAAAGAUGAGAUAUCAGAGAACAAUCGUCCCUGCUCCAGCCAUCAAAAUACCAAACCUGGAAAGAGCUAAAUUUUAUCACUCUUCCCCAGGUUUUUUUGCAUACUUACAAAAUAGAAUUAUCUGACAUGUGGCAUCUAAAGAGUCCAGAUGCUCCAUGAAGACCUUGGGGCUGCCUGGGCUGGAGCCUGCAGUGCUGGGAGCUGCAGGCUGACCUUUGUUCAGACCUAAACAACAAAAAUCUCCAACACCUUCUGUAGGAAGCCAAUACCCACAUGUUUAGCUCAAAGGAUGGGCAAUGCAGAUGAGUACGCAAGAAGCAGAGGUUGUGAAGCCACCCGUCUUUCUGUGUUUGCACUGAGGAUGUUAACACAUUUACUUCCCACUUCUAUGUGUUGCUUUUGUCUAGUGUAAAUGUCAUUACUUGUGCCUGCUUCUCUGCAGAUUCAAUGACUUGCUCAGCAGCACCUAGAAAAUCUGCAAUGGAAGAAGAAGGCUUGGCUGUCUUGGCUCCGUUGGUCACCUGAGUUUUACAAACAAACUGGGUUUUACAGCAUGUACCCUGACUUUCAUAUAUUUCAAGCUGUGCAAUGAAGAGAAAUAAUCUCUUCAGUUUCUCUCUGCAAUGAAAGCAGAAAGACUAUUAGGCUCCCCUUACCGUGGUGGGGAUGGAGCACAAUCCUGCUUUACUGCUGUGGGGCUAGACCAAAUCUUUCAGAAAGCUGCUAAGAGAAAAGCGAGAAGCUUGUAUCUCAGUGCUAAUUGGGCAGUUGGCAGAAGAGGCUUAGUACAUGAUUCUUCCCCUGUGAAAUGCGGGCAUCUUUCUCAUGAGGUGUGUAGAUGGAAAAGGGCCCUACAAGGGACUUAGGGGUGCCCAAGGAUCCCAGAGUGACCCAAGGGCAGGCAGGUCAUGUUGUUGUCAUACCGUGUAUAACCCUACACUGUAGGUUAUCUACUAAACAAGUUGGAUCAUAUCCCAGCAAUCACCAGCUGCAUUUUCUGGAUGCAUAUCCUGGAUUUGCAAAAAGAUUUGCAUUUAACAUGGAGAGAGGUUGGGUUGCAGCUGGGAAAUCCUUCAUGGGGCCACCCACACUGUCAUGCCUCUGUGUAAGGCAGGUAACUCCCAGCUGGAAGAAGUGUUGGUUAAAGGUCUCUGGACCACACUGGAGAGCAGGACAAGGAGCAACUCCAGUACAGAUGGUACCAGCAGUCAUUCAGCUAGAUGAGCGCCUGCGCCCUUGGCAGGACCUUUCCACUUCAAGUGUUCCCACUGGGUCCAUCCCACACAGGGCUGCUUGCUCUGGUCUCUGUGCUGGGCUUUGUGGCACAGGGACAGGCUGGCCUUGUGGGGACAGAAAAGGGCUUCUCCAAAUCCUCUGGCUCUCUCAACUGAUUGAUCUGUUUUAUGUCUGAUCAUGAAAGAUGAAGAAAUGCAUACACAGUAUGCCAAGAAUAGUUCAGAGCUGCUUUUCCAGCAGCCUUGUGGUAUGAAGGUAUCAUUUUCUCAUCUACUUGCAAAACUUCUUGUAUUUUGGAUUUGUUGUUAAAGGUGAGAAAUUGCUCCAUAUUGUAUGCUGGACCUGACUGCAGUCUUGGAUUCUGCCUCUGUCUCAGGAUUUUAUUUUCCACUCACAUUCCUAGUCUCAGUGCUGCAAGGACUUUAAUUUUUCUCCAUCUGGGAAGACUGGAGAAGUUGAGCUCGUCAAAGGGCAGCCCAGCCAGGGUGAUCAGGGCUAUCAAGCUGAUUUUUCUCCUCUUGGAGCACCUGAUUUUGUUUUUCUGGGACUGAUGAUAAUGCUUUCAUAAGAAACUUCAAAGAUAGAGAGGACCUGAACUUGUGAGACUCCAAUUUUAGCUGUAUCUCUCAUUUUAAAUACAUUGUGGGGAACUUAAGACAAGCUGGCAGUGGUCAGAGGGUGUGCAGAAUAAGAUGCCUGGGAAAAGGUGUAAGAAAGAACAAAUGUAACAUGAAUGUUCCCUGAAUAUUCUCCUAAUAUCUUGCAACCUGUGGCUCCAGCACUCCCCAUGCUGGAGGCAGUAUAUUUGAAAUUAAUAGCCUCGGAUGGAUUUUUUCUUCCAUGAAUUCCUUACGUGCGGUGAUAAAAAUCAGAUAAAUGAGGAAAUCACAAUAAAUAAGAUUGUGUUUGGAAGAGGGAUGGGCACCAGAAGAAAAUGCUGAAUCAUGGAAACAGGAGCUGGCAACGCACAGGGCGAGGAGCUGCUGGGGAAGUGUCAUGAAGUCAAAGAAAGAACAUAGAUGUUUGUGUCUGAAACCAGGAACCUGGUGCAAAAUGAAGGAAGCUGUGGGAAACAGGCUGCCUGUCAAAGGAGUGGCAGAGUAACCACGGUUGCAUCCCAGGCCUGUCUCUUCUCUCAUACCUUUAACAAAAAUAGCCCUUUUACCUCCAUGCAGAUAAUGUGCACUCCAGUGCGAGGUGUCCUCGCUGUGCCGGCAGUGGCAGCUGAUGGGUUUUGCUCUUGCUCACUGACCGAGCAGGAGGUGAUGCUAUUUUUGUCUUGCUUUUGACGUGCAGUGAGGGCACUGCAGAAGAGCAGCCUACAAAAAAUAACUUCCCUCUACAAGGAAUCCGAUUCCGCUGAACCUGGAUGGAAGAGGAGAAAACAGAUCGGCAGUGACAGGUUUUAUUUCCAAGUGGCAAGGAUUGAGAAUUUAAGGAGACUAAUUACCAAAGUCAGCUGGAGCGAACAACUAUAGGGCUUUGACAUGAUGGAGGCCUGGAAUUUAAUGCAUGACAGGUGACAAUGAUUUCAAACAAGGGAGAGGUAGUGGGUUUAAUAUAGAAGGUAGUAGGAAAGUAGUGGUGGUUUUUGACCUAAGAAGUGGUAUCUGCAGUCGGAGGGUUAGAUUUCAGAGAUGGCUGUUGUGAAGCAAACCUGGCAACUGCAGCCCUAUCUGCUGCAGACAGGGAAAUCAUCAUGGGGACAUCUUAAAAUUAUAUAUGUUUUAAAAACAGUCACGAGCAUGCCAAAAGCCACCUGAGACUUCCUGCUCAUGGGGCCACCUGGUAAAUUCCUCCUCGACAUCUGCUUCUCCGCUGAAAUUUUCAAGCAGGGCUGGAUUUUGACUUUGGUUCAGUUGCGGCAGCGGGACCGGGGAAGCCCUUGGGCCAGUCCGUGCCAGGCUGAGCCGCAAGGCACCAGCAGCACAGCUUGGCCACCCGAGCCGCACUGCGGAGCAGCGCUGCCAAGCCUGCCGCAGUUUGAUUUACUGCCCCCCAAAUGGCUUCCUGCAAGUUUUCUGCAGAACUUCAAAGACUGUGCUGGAUGCUGGGUGUUCCUGGGGGAUUUUGAUUGUAUGACCCACUUAGCAGCCUGUCUGGGCACCUCGCUCUCUAAAAGCUGCUGCAGCUCUUGAUUGCUUUUUGAAGUUUUCAGGUGAAAAAGCAGCAGCUUUUCUUGUAGGUGUCCUGCUGAGGCCUGUGUUUGCUCAUUCUCAAUGUAUCAUGAGGAAACUGUAUUUUUGGCUCUACCUGCCAGAAGAGGUGACAGAUGAUCAUGUUACCACUGUACCAAGAGGCUUCAAAGCCAUGUGUCAGCUGCACUAGGGAGCUGUGCUCUGCUCCCCUGCCUGCCUCCCUGCUGCUAUUUCCCUACUUUGCUCUGUCUUUGGAAAAUUUCCUCUAUGGCCAAAGAAGUUGUCCCUGGGAUUAAUUAUGUUAGCGGCCAAGGAAUCUCCUGGUCUGGGGACACGAGGGCUCUCUGUGCCCUCUCUGUGGUUUAGCUCUGCCUUGGCUCCCACCAGCUUCAGCUUGCUGCAAACCUCCCUGAUUGCGGGAAGCUUUUGGAUUUUGUCUCCUGGCUUCUGCAGGCACUUCUACGUGUCCUUAUGAAGAUGAGCCAUUUGGGGGGGCCUCCAGGCCUAUUCUCGCAAAGAUUUCCUCAGCUCCAUUCAAAACGCAACGUGUGGGGGGGCUGCAAGCAUGCCUGCAGUGAGGCUGCAUCACGGAGCACAGGAGCAAUGAGGAACGGCGGAGCGGUUAAUAAAUGAAAAGCUAUUUCAUUAUAGGAAAUGAAUGUUUAAUGAGUGUGGGAUGACGUCUAGACAGUCAGUCAGUGCUGGCCACGCGAUCUGUGAGGAGGGCUCAUCCCAGGCAGCCAGCCCGGCCCCGGCCCUGUGCCAGGGUGAGGUUUGGCAAAGCUUGGAGCCACCACCCUGGCGGUGCUGCAGCGAGGGUCUCCUGACGCCACAUGGCUAUGGAUGCCCCUCAUCCCUCUCCUAAGGAGGCCAUGAGGAGCUGCAGCUGCAGCAGGGCCUAGGAGGUGGAAGGCGGCCCGGCUGUGGGCCAGGCCCGGCCUGGAGCAGGCCCAGGGGAGCCAGCAGCACCUGGGGAGCUCAGCACGGGCUCAGCCUCUGCUGUGUGGUGGGCUCUGGAGCGCAGCUGAACCGGGGACAGCCCGCUAGCCUCUGACAUCCCCAGUGCCAGCUUCAAGCAUGGGUGCAGGGGGAGACUGAAUGGGGUUUUCAGGUCAAUCCUCUCCUUCUGUUAUCCAGCGCAGGAGCUGCUUCCCUGAAACAGAGGAGAAGGUUAAGCACCUGAAGAGGAAGAACGCAGAGCUGGCGGUGAUCGCCAAACGCCUGGAGGAGAGAGCCCGGAAACUCCAGGAGGCAAACCUCAAAGUCGUAACUGCUCCAGUGCCUCUAAAGGGUUCCAGCCUGGAGCUGUGUAAAAAAGCAUUUGCCUGCCAGCGUGCCAAGGACCUGACAGAGCAAGCCAGUGCUCUCCUGGCAAAAGACAAGCAGAUUGAAGCUCUGCAGCAGGAGUGCCGGGAGCUGCAGGCUAAGCUCAUUGCAGGGAAGGAUGACCCUCGCUGCCUGAACGUUGUUGAGUUUGACCGGCUGUUGCGGGAGUCCCAGAAAGAAGUGCUGCGGCUGCAGAGACAGAUUGCUCUGAAGAAUUUCAAGGAGUGCCUGCGUUCCUCUAAAACCAGUUCAGGCAGCUCUCUGCCAAGUGCCACCGCCUGCUUGGGAGCAACACUCAAUGCCUGCAUCAAAGACUCCCUUCUACCAAAGGAGGCCCGCUCGGGAGACCCAGUGCUAAGAGUGGAAGCACACAGGAAGGUGGAACCAGGUGUGCUACCAUUGGGUGCUGCCUCUGAAGGACAUGAAAAUUUCCCUCCUAGAAAUGCAAUAACAGACCCAGACAGCAGCCAUCAGAUUCAGCAGCUGGAAUUUGAACUCAAGAAAAAGCGCAAAAAAUGUGAAAACCUUGAGCAUGAAGUGAGGAAAAAACAUAAAAGAUGCAAAGAACUCGAGAUCCAACUGCAGGAGAUACAGAGUGAAAAUGCACGACUGGCUGAAGAGAACUUGCAGCUGAAUGAGAAGGCUGGAUGGGCAGGACAGGUUGAAUCCGAGAAUGCUGACCUGAAGUUGCAGGUUGUUUUGGUUACUAAGGAACGGGAUUCAGUAAUUCAGACAAAUCAAGGACUUCAAACCAAGCUGGAGAAUCUGGAGCAGGUGCUGAAGCACAUGAGAGAUGUGGCUGAGCGAAGGCAGCAGCUGGAAGCCGAACACAAGGAAGCGCUGCUAGUCCUGCAGGAGAAACAAGAGGAAGUCAGACAGUUGCAGCAGGCACAGGCAGAGGCAAAAAGGGAACAUGAAGGAGCAGUACAGCUUCUAGAGGCCCGGGUGAAAGAUCUAGAAGACCAGUGCCGCAAUCAAACAGAGCAGUUCAGCCUCCUGUCUCAGGAACUCAAACAAUUCCGACUUCAAACAGGAAAAAUUGACCUUCUCACCUCUACACUGGUGACUUCUGAGCUUCCUCUUGCACUGUGCAGCUCUAGCCCACAGCCCCACUGGGAGAAAGAUUCAACUGGUCCUGCAUUGCUCACUCACCAAAGCACAAAGAAGGUUGACAAUGAAGAGACUGAUGAGUUGGAGUUGUCACAGCGGGUUCCUGAUGCUGCUGUUGGCUCCCCAGUUUCUGCUACUGGUUCUCAGAAACACGCCAAAAAAGUUGAAUCUCAGUCGAGCUCUUCAAAAUCAGAAUCCAUGCAGAACAGUCCAAAAUCCUGCCCAACUCCAGAGGUGGACACAGCGAGUGAAAUGGAAGAACUGGAUGUUGACAGCAUCUCUCUAAUGCCAGAGACAGGUAGCCAAGGCCCUGCAAAGCUCCAGGUCUUCUUGGCUCGAUACAGCUACAAUCCAUUUGAUGGACCUAAUGAAAAUCCAGAGGCAGAACUUCCACUGACUGCUGGAGAGUAUAUUUACAUCUAUGGAGACAUGGAUGAAGAUGGCUUCUUUGAAGGGGAGCUGAUGGAUGGCCGGCGAGGGCUGGUCCCCUCCAAUUUUGUUGAGCGAAUUUCAGAUGAUGACCUCAUGACGUUUCUGCCUUCGGAGCUGAAUGAUCUCACCCAUAGUUCAUACCAGGAGAAAAGUUUUGUCAGUGCAAGCACCAGCAGUGGAGAUAAGAGUGAUUUCUCCAUUGAAGAGGGUAGCAUCAGUCCGUUGGUCAGUAGGGCAGAAGGAGACCAGGAGGAAGCUGUUAGUCACACAGCAGUGCCUUACCCAAGAAAACUGACUUUGAUCAAGCAGCUUGCCAGAAGCAUAGUUGUAGGCUGGGAACCACCACUUUUGCCGACUGGCUGCCCAGACAUACAAAGCUACAAUAUCUAUGUGGAUGAAGAGCUACGUCAAAAUGUGAAGAGUGGCUUUCAGACCAAAGCAGUGAUUGAAAAGCUGGAUUUAAAGGCGAAGGCUUACCGUGUGUCUGUGCAGAGCGUGACAGAGCAAGGCAGUUCUGAUAAACUGCGAUGCACUUUCUUUGUGGGGCAAGAUUUUUGUUUGGCACCGACUAUGCUGAAAGUCAGAAGCGUCACUGCCACGUCAGCAGAAGUCACAUGGCUUCCCUGCAACAGCAAUUAUAACCACGCAGUGUAUCUCAAUGGGGAGGAAUGUGACAUAACAAAACCAGGGGUCUACUGGUAUGCUUUCCGCAACCUGCAGCCAAGCACUCAGUAUGUUGCCAAGCUGGAAGCCCGGCCCUUGAAGACUCCUUGGGAAGAGGUCCCAGAGGGGCAGGAGCAGAACUCAGCUGUGAUACACUUCACUACCCCACUAGCAGGUACGCCUGAUGCUCCUCUGGAUGUCCAGGUAGAAGCUGGUCCCUCGCCAGGUAUCCUAGUUAUCAGCUGGUUACCUGUCACUAUUGAUGCCGAAGGAUCUUCCAACGGAGUUCGAGUCACCGGUUACGCUGUGUACGCGGACGGGCAGAAGGCAAUAGAAGUUACUUCUCCAACAGCUGGGAGCAUUCUUGUGGACUUGUCCCAGCUUCAAAUGUUCCAGGUGUGCCGGGAAGUUUCUGUGAGAACAAUGUCUCUGUACGGAGAGUCAGUAGAUUCAGUUCCAGCCCAGAUUUCCUCAGUCUUGCUGAGAACAUCUCGUCACUCUUCACAUUCAGAUUCUUCUACUACUUUUACCUCUAGACUGCCCUGCGGAGACCCCAGGGGCUCUCUGUCUGCACGCAGCCCACCCACACACCAGACAGUGGCACUUCUGCUUCGACAAAAAGUUUCCACUGAUAUCUCAGAUGCCAAAUUGACUGAUCUUUCUUCCAGCCACGAUGGCUCAGCACGAUCUCUGCCAGUGAAAGCCUCCUCACCACCGCACCUCUACUCUCCCAGUGCUUCCUUGGUGCACACCAUAGGCACUUUCCCAGAGGGAUCAGGCGAUGCACAAGACAAGAAAUGCCUGACUGUGCCUCCUCAGCAAGCUGGCAGCACAGUGCUCCCUGGUGAGGGCACAGAGCCUGGCCCUUCAAAGGAAGCAGAAUUGAAAGGCUCAGACGAAUGGACAGAGGUGAAGAUGGAACAAUCUGUAACCAAAGCGCCUGAGCUAGAGACCCCAUCUAACGGUAGCCUGAAGAUACGUAUGGAGACCUGCCAUACGUGCUCUGUGGAAGAGCCGCUAAAAAGUCCCAGUACUGAAAGAGAGAGAAGAGAGACAAAGGAGAAGCACUUGAGCCCAGAGCCUGUGCCUGCCCCAGGCCAGGCUGACAGGACAGAGGGCACCUCCCGAGAUGCAACCACAGGUGGGAGCAGCUGCCAGGAGUUCCUGAGGUUGUCCCCUGGCAAGGAGGUGAUGAAAGAAAUGUCCAGAGUGAAAAGAGAGCAAGAAGAAAAACUGUCUGAAAUAGGAAGACGACAGCUCACCCUUUUUGCUGAGCACAACCGUAGUUCGGACCUUUCGGAUAUUUUGGAAGAAGAGGAAGAAGAUGAACUGUCCUCAGAAGCUCUGGAAGAGAAGAAAUGGGAUUCAAGAGAGCCCUGUUACAGGGAGAAUGGGGAAAAGAUGGAUCUUUGUGAUACUGACAGCGAUGAGGAGAUUCUGGAGAGGAUACUAGAGCUCCCACUUCAGAAGAACCACAGCAAGAAAUUGUUUAGCAUCCCUGAAGUGACUGAGGAUGAGGAUGAAGAUGAGGAUGAGAAGGGUGUUAUGGAGGAAAAGGCAAAUGCUCAGGACUCCUUGGAAACGCCUACCUACCAUGCAGGAAGGACCGAGAAGCCACUCAGCAUCCAGGAGCCAUUUCUAAAGGCAGAUGGUAGUGAUUCUUCCCCAGAUCUGUCCGCUGAGACCUCACAGGAUGAGCGUACUGUUAAGGAGAGCAGAGGGGAUGCUGACCAUGCGAGCCCUGGCUUUGAGCCUCUGGGCUGGAGUCAGAAAAGGGCAAACUGGAACUGGGGCUACCAGGAGAAUGAUCCAAAGCCUGGGACUGGGGCAAGCUCCACUCAGAGCAAGAAGAAGGGAAAUAAUUAUCGAGAGAAGGUCCGGAGUCGGCCUGAGAUGGGUAGGAAGAGACAGAAUGAUCUCUCAGAGCAUUGCAGUCGUCUGCUGGGCAACUGCAGCCAGAUGGGAAGUGGAUUGUACAGAGCUCCUAGCCUUAGGGAAGAGCUGAACAUUGUGAGCAGCGCUGGUGGUAAGGAGGGGUUUGAUGUGUACAAUCGGGCCAGACAAGGAACCUCACGAAGAAACCACAGGAAAGCAGUGGUUUCAGGGUUUGGAGAACCUGCUUUGGCGGCAGCACGCUGCUCCAGCCCCAGGAGCCUGGAAAUAGACGUUGAAUAUGACUCUGAAGAUGAUCAGGAUUCAACCUGUGCAUCCCCCCCUGAGAGCAGGCUGUGGCCAGAAAGGUCCCAGAGCUGUGUGAGGGAUUGGAGUGAUUACUCCAGUCAAUCUGAGGUUGUGCACACGGAUGGCAGAAGGGACCUGACCAGACUGGAGAUGUUGGAAGAGCAGGACAUGGAGUGGGCUGGGUAUCCAAACGAGCACCUGCGAUUCUUCUGCCAGGAGAAGGAGGCACUGAGGUGUGAGAGCAGCUCUGAGGAGCAGGGCUGGGACCUGGACUGUAAGUCACCUGUCUGGAGAAGGAGGCUCGAACAUCCUUGGAAGGGGAUACGUAGCACCUCCUUGCACAAAAGGGCGUCUGGUAAUAAAGAUCCUAGGGGCCAGGAGCUGUCUGGCUCAGCUGCCUGGCAGGCUCCCAGCAGAAGAGGGAACAGGAGCGUAAGAAGAAGUCAAAUGCAGAAACCUUUGCUCUCUAGUCCAGGUCCUCCAAGGAGUGCUGCGUCAGAAACUGCUGUUAAAGAUGAUGGCAUUAGAAUAUUUGUGGCCCUCUUUGACUAUGAUCCUGUUUCUAUGUCUCCUAACCCUGAUGCAGCAGAAGAGGAGCUCCCAUUUAAGGAGGGGCAGAUCCUGAAGGUGUGUGGAGACAAGGAUGCUGAUGGCUUUUACAGGGGUGAAUGUGCAGGAAGAGAGGGUUACAUUCCAUGUAACAUGGUAUCUGAAGUCCAGGUGGAGAAUAAUGAAAUCAAGAGGCAGCUCCUAAAGCAAGGGUUCCUUCCUGCCGACACACCAAUGGAGAGCAUAGGAAAUGGCACAUUUUCUCCACCUCCACGCCGCCAAACCGUCCCUCCUCCAAAACCCAGACGCUCCAAGAAAGCAGAACUGGAUAAACAGGAGAAGUACAAGUCUCAUCCAGGACAGAAGCAUCAGGACUUUGAAGCUGAACUACUUACUCCUCGAAGUAUGAUGGCUGUCUUUGACUAUAAUCCUAAGGAGAGCUCCCCAAAUGCAGAUGCAGAGGCUGAACUGACUUUCAGCGCAGGGGACAUUAUCACUGUGUUUGGGUCCAUGGAUGAUGAUGGGUUCUAUUAUGGAGAGCUGAACCAACAAAGAGGGCUUGUCCCAUCUAACUUCUUGGAAGCUGUAACUUCAGAUGGAGGCAUGGUUGAGGAACUUCAUUCAAAAGAUAAAGAUGCUUUUCCACUAAGUUCUGAGAGCCAGUUAAAUCCAGAUGGGUCUGUUGAUCAAAGCGACUUCUCACCAACUCCUCCUACUGAACCACCUUCCUGCCUUGCCACAGGCGAGCAGUGUCCAGAGCAGGCAUCGCUGGCCAUUCUCAAAUGCAGUGAUUUACCUGGUCAGAGUAAAAAGAAGAGAGGCUUCUUCUUCAAAGGAAAAAAGCUCUUCAAAAAACUUGGGUCCAGUAAGAAAAACUAACAAAGGAUUUAUUGUUAGGAGUAGGCUGCCUGUGCAGUCCACACAGGCACUGAAAAUUCAGGAGAAGCCCUCUGCAAUAAGCUGAUUAGAGUAUUUUCAUAGGGGAAAAGUGUAUAUUGAAUAGAGAAAACUCUUCAGUGGGUCUGUGAGCUGUGAUCUCUGCUGAGAGCCCACUGGCAGUGGCUCUGAACAGUGUCACAGCACCGAGGUGUGUGAGGCCUCAGCUCUAGGAUACAGCUCCCUCCACAGUAGUGUGUCCUGCUCCAUGCAGCCCUCAAUGCACCAGUUCUCUGUAAAUAUUUUAAUUUUAAAAAUAUAUUCUGGCUGUAAGAUAGCUAAAUGGCUUUUCCCAGCAAAGCCCCAGCCCCUUAGGAAGAGCUCCCUUGUACUACACCCCUCGGUAUUUCUCUGGUCCAAAGGAGGUUGUGUCAAGUCCUUCACUUCCUGCAAAGAAAAUUUGCACUCUUCUGUUGCUGUGAACCCUCUUUGCUGUCUCUGGGCUGAAAAGUGAGUUAUUUGUACUGUAAAUAUGCAGCUGUGCCUAGGAGCAUCCCACACUGCCUCAGUCAUGUUUCAGCGUGAGGAUUCUUUUCCAACCUUAAUGAUUCUACGAUUCCCGUGGAGGAAGGAGCGAUACCCACAAAGGGGGUCAAUACUUCCACCUGUAGCGUGGGCUGCUGUAAGCUGCUCUUGGCUGGUUCACCUUGACCACACACUGGCUGGGGACUCUGCCUUAUUUAUUUAUUUGUUUAUUUAUUUAUUUAUUUAUUUAUUUUGUCCGCCUCUUUCACAGUUUUAUUUGGCUGUUUCAGUGGGCUGCUCCUCAGUUGGAGCUUGGUUGGAGCAUAGAGCUGGGGAUGGAGAGUUUGCAGCUAUUUUCAUAUGAGAUGUGUUCCUUCAGUUAAGACACAUCCCUUCCUAAGCCACGGAGAGUUUUGUACUACAUGGUUUCUACCCUUUUCAGUGUUUCUUUCUUUGCAUGUUUCAAUGGGGUACAUGUUUUGAGAAAGACAGUUACGUGAGGUAUGUGAAUGAUGCCAGCACAGUGUCCACAAGUGUUGGUGAUAAGGUAUGUUUUUAUUUAAUAUCAAAUUUUAUUAUAAUAAAGUCUAUUUUCACAAAAAUACAUUUUCC